AUGGCGGUGAAUAGCGACAUGAUGGAGAAGAUGCUGAAGAUGAUCGAAGUGACGCAACAGCAAAUGCAGUUGCAGGCAACUCGGCAUCAAGAAUCGAUUGACAAGUUGAUCAAGUCCAUGUCAUCUGGAAAGAUCAAUGGCAAUCCGGGAACGGUGAGCCAAAGCGAGUCAAACGUGUCGCAAUCACAGCUGAUAAAUGUGAUCAGCGGCAGGAUUUCACAGUUCCAGUUUGAUCUGGAAACAGAGAAGACGUUUUCGAGGUGGUAUGAACGGCACGGAACUGCGUUCGACCAAGAGGGAAAAGAUUUGCCGGAUGAGGCGAAAGUUUCGUUGCUUGUGAGUAAACUUUCGGACGAGGUGUAUGAGCAGUUUUCUAAGCGGAUCUGUCCGAAGAAACACACCGAAAUGAAGUUUGAGGAGACUGUCGGACUUUUGAGGAAGAUGUUUGACGUGAAGAAAAGUAUUUUCUCCCACAGAUUUGCGUGCAUGAACAUUAUUCGGGACGGUGACUCGACGGUCGAGUACACCAACAAGGUGAACGCGAUGUGCGAAGCAGCAAAUCUGGACAAGAUCGACAUCGACGGAUGGAAAGUCUUCUUCUGGUUAAAAGGGUUAGAUGGGUCGAAAGACAAGGCUAUCCGGGCAUAUUUCAUAAAAUAUGUGGAACAGAAGUGGGAAAAAGAAGAAACUGUCACGAUAAACGACCUCUGCGAAGAGUGGCAGAAAGCGGACAGACAGAACUGUGUGGUUUCAGAGAUGGAGAAGAGUGAACCGGCUGUAAGAGCGGUACACUCCAGAGGAAACGGAAAAGGAAAGAAACCAACGAGAGACCGAGAUCGUUCAAGGGGACAAGAGGAAGCUUGUUGGAAUUGUGGGCAAAAGGGCCAUAAAAAAAGCCGGAUUGCAAACAGAAACUGACAAAAAUGUUUCAAUUGUCAACAGAGCGGUCAUAUGUCAAAGUACUGUAAAAGCAAGAAGAGUGGCACGAGGAAAACUCAGAACGUGAAGCUAAACAGACACGUGAACGCUGUACGACAGUACGUCACGGCGGACAUAAAUGACAGGUCGGUGGAUUUCCAGCUUGACACUGGUUCCGAUAUUACUUUGAUUGGAAAAGACGAGUGGAUCAAGAUCGGAAAACCAAAACUGGAGAGAUUCGCAACAAGAGUGACAUCCGCAAGCGGUGAUGACUUGAAAUUGUUGGGAAGAGCGAACGUCAACUUCACGUUGAAAGGCUCGCAAGCUUCUGGUUUUGUGUACGUCCGCGAGAAAGGCAAUCUGCUAGGGCUAGAUUGGAUCGGAAAAUCGACGGAAAUGUCGUAUUACCUAGGGUUGAUGGUAAACGAAGUGAAGAGUCCAGACACGGAAACACUUCGAGCGGAAUUAAAGAGAAAAUUUCCGGAAGUGUUCAAAGAAGGACUGGGGCGAUGUACUAAGGAAAAAGGCAGUGCUGACUGUGAAACCUGGGUCGUCGCCGGUGUUCAAACCAAAGCGUCCGGUACCAUACGGAGCUUUGGAAACAGUGGACAAAGAGCUGGUCAGACUCGUGAGUCUGAAAGUUCUCAAGAAGGUGAACCACAGUACGUGGGCGGCACCUUUGGUGUGCGUGCGGAAAGCAGAUGGGGACACGCGGAUGUGUGCAGACUUCAAAACGGGCUUGAACGAAGCUUUGGAAGAUGAAGAUCACCCAAUUCCGACGCCAGAAGACGUGUUCGCGACGUUGAACGGAGGAACAGUUUUCUCAACAGUUGAUCUCAAGGACGCGUACUUGCAGAUCGAACUGGCCGAAGAGUCAAAGGAGUUAUUAACGGUAAACACACAUCGUGGGCUUUACCAGUACCAGAGACUUCCUUUCGGGGCAAAAACGGCGCCGAUGGUGUUCCAGCGGAUCAUGGACAAAAUGAUCACUGGACUGACAGGCGUGACGGCAUAUCUCGACGAUAUUAUCGUUGUUGGCCGAACUGGAAAAGAGCACAUGGAGAAUUUGAUAGAGUUGUUCAAGAGGAUUUCUGAAUAUGGCUUCAGAGUGAAAAUUGAAAAAUGUCACUUUCUCGGCGAGGAGAUAAAAUUUUUGGGUUUUAUCAUUGAUAAGAAUGGAAGAAGACCAGACAAGGAAAAGGUGCAGGUGAUCAAGGGCAUGUGUGAGCCGAAGGACCAAAAGGAGUUGCGGAGUUUUAUGGGAAUGAUCACGUACUACAGUGCGUUCAUUCCGCAUAUGAAAUCGCUCCGUGGUCCACUCGACAAACUGCUCAUGAAGGAUUGUGAUUGGAUUUGGACUCAGAAAGAGGCUGAGGCUUUUCAGAAGUUGAAAGACGUCCUGUCGUCUGACCUGAAUCUGACACAUUACCAGCCGAAUAUUCCGAUUGUUGUGGCAGCUGACGCGUGCGAUUACGGAAUUGGAGCCGUUAUUAGUCAUCGCUUUGCCGAUGGAACGGAGAAACCGAUUGCCCAUGCAGCACGUUCUUUGAAUUCUGCGGAAAAGAACUACUCCCAGAUUGAAAAAGAGGGCCUUGGAUUGAUAUUUGCAGUGAAAAGAUUCCACAAGUACUUGUUCGGUAGAAAGUUCUUACUGAGAACGGACCACAAACCGUUGCUCUCCAUUUUUGGAAGUAAAAAGGGAAUUCCAGUACACUCGCAGAAUCGAUUGGUGCGUUGGUCCACGAUUCUUCUAGCGUAUGAUUUCGUAAUCGAAUACGUGAAGACCGAUGAUUUCGGACAAGCCGAUGCGCUGUCGCGAAUGAUUCAGAAGAUGCCAUCCGAGAAUGAGGAUAUGGUCAUAGCUCAAGUGGAAGUGGAUGUAGAAGGAUCUCUGCAGUCUGCUGUCCGAAGACUACCAGUUCGAGUCGAAGACGUACAGUCGGAGACGGAAAAAGAUAACGUUCUGAAGGAAGUUAUCAAGUGUAUUUCCCGAGGAGUUUGGCCAAAGAAACUGGAAGGGAAAUUGAAGAAGUUCAGCUCGAUCAAGCAGUCGUUGUCCGUUGUGAAAGACUGCGUAAUGAUGAGUGAAAGAGUUGUCGUACCGGAGAUGUUGCAGAAGACAAUUCUGAAGCAAUUGCACGAAGGACAUCCGGGCAUGGUACGGAUGAAACAACUCGCGAGAGCGUUUGUUUUCUGGCCAGGAAUGGAUGAGGACAUUGCAAAAGUGGUUGCGGCGUGCAACACUUGUCAAAUCCACGGAAAAACGCUGAGAAAAGUGCCACUAGAGCCUUGGAACACACCGGAACGUGUUUGGCAAAGAGUGCACAUUGACUAUGCGGGUCCCGAGAACGGACAGUACUAUCUGGUGGUGGUUGAUGCAAAGUCAAAAUGGCCAGAGGUAGCGAUUGUUAAAUCAAUCUCGAGCGUGUCUACUGUACGAACGCUGAAAGGCAUAUUCAGUUCUCAUGGAUAUCCCGAGACGUUGGUUUCGGAUAACGGAACACAGUUUGUUUCCAGAGAAUUUGCUAAUAUGUGUCAUGAGUACGGAAUUGAACAUAUCCGGUCUCCUGCAUUCCACCCACAGUCUAACGGGCAAGCUGAACGCUUCGUAGACACUCUGAAAAGAGGCUUGAAGAAGUUGAAAGGGGAGGGGAAUGUGAACCCGGAAAUAAUGUCGCAAUUUUUGUUCCAUUACCGGUCGACACCGUCUAAUGCACUUGGAGGUUUGACGCCGGCGGAAGCUCAUUUCGGAAGACGUAUUCGUACGAAGAUGUCUCUCCUGGUUCCGAUGUUGAACAAAUGUUCGGAUUCCCGUCCGGGAAUGAAGGAGCAGUUUGACAAACAUAACGGAGUGAAAGAUCGAACUUUCGAUGUGAACGACGCAGUCUUCACAAAGAUUUUCGAACACAAUUCGUGGUCUUGGAUACCAGCUACGGUUAUUCAACGACGCGGUCGUGUGGUGUACGUUGUCAGUCUGAACGACGGACGUGAACGAACGGUUCAUGCUAAUCAGCUGAAACCGAGAGUGCUUGAAAAUGGAGUGAGCAAGGAGGAUCGAUGGAGGUCAACGAUGGAGGAUAUCUUUGAGUUGUCGUGUGAUGAAUUCUAUUUCAACGAGACCGUGAAGGGAAAGGAGGACACUUCCACCACUGGAACGAGAUCGGAGAAUGCGAGAACAGACGUCACGAUGCAAGGAGAUACCGGACAACCAGGACUGCCUCAAGGAGCAUCACCUCAAGGAUCGCAAAGCCAAGGAUCGCAAAGUCAAAGACACCAAGGUCAGGGACAACCGAGUCAGGGACACGCGAAUCAGGGACAAUCAGGUCAACCACAUUUGAGUCAAGCACAAGGAGCGCCAGAAGAUGAAGAGCCGCUGCGUCGGAGUGGACGCGAGAGGAAACCUAUCGUCAGAUUCGAUCCGAGUAACAGGACUUAAAUUGUUGUUUUCCCUAUGCCCUCUUACCCAUAUUCAUUCUCACCACAAUCCCUAGUUUGUUUCUUAUAAGGGGAGGUGUUGGGUGCAGACCCACAAGUUUUAAACCGUAAGCAAAUGUGUGGCGCGAGUUUACACGCAGCGCGCGUUCUCUGCGUCUCUCUCUCUCACACAUCAAGCUGAAUUGUCAUCAUUUUAGUUGUAUAGAUUUUCCCCGAGCUUACACAGCAUUCGGUUGUAUUUUUAAGUCUCUUAAAAAUAAAGAGUAAUCGAGUAACUUGUGUUUUGCCUGAGAACACAACAAUUAGUCAUAGCUGCUUUUCUUACGAAUGAUCUUUGAAAGCGCCGUUUCCGUCUGAUUCAUUCAUGAGAACGUUGUGUUUUUGUGGGAUAAAGAGAUUACGAAACAAAAAUCAAAAAAUGAUUUCAGACCCUCGAGCAAUACUUAACCAGAUUAAUCGACGAUGUAUUUAUAAACCAAAGGCGCUUGGAAGAUAUUCAGAUUGGUAAGUGGGCGGAAAUGCUUCGGGAAUUGUAAUCUCAGCGUUUAUCCUUUUCUGCAGUUUCUAUCUUGAGAGGGGUGAUAGGGUGAUAAGUCUGAUUGGCUACCGUAAUCAUUCAGGUACGUCGAGAGGACGGGCAAACUUCAGACAAGCGGAAAAAGCAUUGCGUGAUCAGAAGAGGAGGAAUGCGAGAAUGAGCUCGAAAAUUUCACAAACUACGGUAUAAUUUAGAGAAAGCAUUGAAAUGUUUCGAAAAGUUAUACCUUCAGGAAACCGAUACUGAAACAGUAUUUGAAAAAGAGGAAAGUGAAGAAGAGCGAAAAGAAUUGGACCGAUUGGAAAAUGCUUGGGAUUCUCUUGAAGAAAAGAUCCGUCUUAAAGAAUUUGAACUUUCAAAAGAGACUGAAAAGGUAAAAAUAACACUCCUCUGCACUUGAUUUUCGGUUUUGGUUAUUUUCAGACAAAUCAAAGGCUGAAAGUGUUAGAAGAGCAGCGCAUUUCUGAAGCCGAGUAUGAGGAAAAACAACAGAAGCUGAAAAUUGCCAAAGAUUAUGCGGAUUUGCAAUCGUAUACAAACUUGCAAACUUGACCUCCUUGAAAAAAUGCCAAUGUUUUCAGACACACUCCAAUGUACGCAGCUUACACUGCAUCAUUCAACAUGAAUACAAACUUAGUGGAUAAAUUGGAGAUUCCGGAAAGUAGAAGUAAAAGUCUGAAGGAGGUGCGACAAGUGCCCGUAAGCGGAAACACACUCAAAAACGAAUUAUUGCAGAGAUCUAUCAAAAGUUUACAAAGUUCCCAUACCAGUUGGUCAAGGAAAAGCGUGGAAUUUGUGGAUGAACUGGACGAGUUUCCAGAAUAUUCCGAAAUGCAAGACAACAGGAAAAGGGUACGGUAGGGAGAAUAGAAACUGGACGCAAUUCAUGUUAUCACUGUGUGUUCGGAAGUGAUAUUCAGAUUCGCAUUCAAAACACACUCGUAAGUUUUAUUAUCCUAUUUUUGCCAACUGACACCUGACAGUGACCAACAAAUAUGCCUACUGGUGAAGUUCAAUUUGAAAUAACUGUUUGGCAGAAAGUUAGGAAUGAAGAAUAGGAGAACACUUGUGAUAAUACAAUAAAACAUGUUGUUCUAUUGUUCCUAUUGAAUCACUUUUUCAGAUUCUGAGGGCAACAGAAAACGAAGCGCAUCGUGUGUUGACUUAUGAAUUGAAAGAGCUGGAAGGACUCGUUAGCGGUCAACGACAAGAGGCUCAGGCAAUGGAGAGAGAUGUGAGAAGGCUGAAGGACAGCAUCGAGGUGAGAACUUUUUAACCCAGAGAAAUGAUGCAAAUUGCGCAGCGCUGGUUCCCAUGAUCACAAUAAAUUGUGACUAUCAACGCGGAAAAAACGCCACUCCUAUACAGUCAAAAGUGUUAUUUUUGAUCUUUACGCGCAACGCCCUCGUGCGCGACGCGUGUAGCUACUAUAGCCUCAUCAUUUCUCUCAGAUUUUUAGAAGUAAUCAUGAUAAAAGACAGGAGUGAUCUGUGAAAUUUGGAAUGGUACGCGCGACAGAAAUGAGAGCGUUGGAAAUGAAAAAAACAGUAUUGAAUAAAUUCGCAACAUGUGACAGUAAGCCAACUUUAUCGCAAAAGUGAUUGCACCGCAAAAACUCAUAAACGCAGUUAUGGUUUCAAAACUCACCUUGAUAACUCCUCAUAAAACGAGAUGUCCGAAAAAACUGUUCACGAAAAGUUUCCAUUUUGCAGCUCCGCCAAUCCGACAUACGAUUUUAUAGCUCCAAAACUGAUGAAUUGAUUGAGAAAGCCAGAACGGAAGAUAAACAAAGAAUGCAGUUGCGUGAGCAGAAAGCAGAUUUUUCUUCGUUCAACUUGGUAAUUUUGAUAAAAGUGUUGUUCGCGUGGAAUAAGAACUCAAUGAUCAGGACUCGGUGACACCAAAGGCCGAUGUUCUGGAAUUACGCGACAGAAGAAUCAUUUUGGAGAGCGAACGUAAUAUGCUCGGCAAUCAGAUCAAAGAGAGCAGUCUAGAAUGUGAUCGACUAAAUGGCCAAUGGAGAAUUCUCAAAAGUUUCGCGAAAAGCAUUGACAUUGAUGUGAGUUCUUCAAGAAAUAUGGUCAGAGCGCUAAAAUAUUUCAAAAUUUCAGUGUGUCAAUCGGCUGGACUCGGAGAUUACUCAGUGGAGAUUGAAAGUGGAUCAAUUGGACGAUCAGAUCCGGAAAUUGCAGAAAAUGGAAGACUACGCAUCUCUGGCAAAUGGCCAACUACGCACAAAUCUAGCUCUUCUGAAGCCAUAUGGUAAUUGUGAAAUAUUUCAAUUCAAAGCAAAACUUUGUUUUAUUGGUCAAUUUAUAGAUGAGGAAUAUCAGGAAUUUGAACAUUUGGUUGAAGCCAACAAACGACUUAACGAUCAACUUAACAGACAUGUAACAUGACUCAUUGAUUUUUGAUUUUCAUGAUAUUGUGAUUUAAAGGAAUUGCACAGACAAGUGGAGCAAUUGAAGAGCAAUGGCGACAUCGAUGUGCUUUACUGA